AUGAAGCUGAGGGGCGUGAAGGAUCCACCAGAGAGUUCUUUAGUCCGAAGUGGGUACCUGCACUUCAGGCAAUCUGGCGCCUGCAGUGCUCACAGAGCAAUUUUAUCUGUUUCUUCUGACUCCAAGACACCACGUCCAAUAACAGGAUGCUCCAGUUCAGAGGAUACUCAUCAUCGAUAUCUCCAGCCCAAGCCUAUGAGUGCGCCUUCUCGAAUGGUGGGUGAUGGAGCAAGCAAUCCUGUGUGGCCACUGCACCGGCGUAUGUACGGAUGCGUGAGAGGCUCUACACUUCCAUCAUGCUUGAUCUGGAGGAUGGGAUGUCGAAAGAACUAAAUUUUAGGCUGGGAAGAUAUGGAAGAGUGGGUAGCCUGGCAUUUUGAUAAUAAGGGAGUUUUCUCGCUGAAGUCGGCUUACCGUGUGGGAGUAAGUUUACGAGACUCCAAGCAA